GUGCUGUAGUUGCAGAUAGCCGAUAAGAUAUUGAACAAAGUUUUGUGAAUGUUAGUACUUUCUGAUUGAAGGUCAAUUGAACUAACGCGAAACUAGCACAAAUAAUAGACGAUCAAGAAAAAAUAUGGCGUCCGAGAACACUUCUACUGACACCACUUCUACCAAAUUCUACACGAAGGCAGAAGUUGCUGAGCACACAAAUAGCAGUAGUAGUCCGUGGAUAGUUAUUGACAAUAAUGUUUACGAUGUAACUUCAUUUUUAAAAGAGCAUCCAGAUAGGAAAGAAAUUCGUUUGCAUCGUACUGGUCGUGAUAGUACAGAAGCUUUUGAAGAUAUUGGGCUGUACAGCGAUGACAGGCUAAUGUUGGUCCAAUAUAAAAUCGGAGAAAUUGUCAAGGAAGCAGAACCAGAAAAAAUCACAGAAUCAGAUGCAAUGUCCAAAGAAAAUAAUGCUAAAAAAAACAUGGAGUCUGAGAGCACUGCUACCGAUACUACCAAAUUCUACACGACUGCAGAAGUUGCUGAGCACACAGAUACCAGUAGUUUGUGGAUUAUCAUUAACAAUAGUGUUUACGAUUUAACAACGUUUUUAGACAAGCAUCCAGGUGGGCCAGCAAUUCUUGUGGACCAUGCUGGUCGUGAUAGUACAGAAGCUUUUGAAGAUAUCGGGCACUCCAGCGAUGCCAGGUUAAUGAUGGUCCAAUAUAAAAUCGGAGAAAUUGUCAAGGAAGCAGAACCAGAAAAAACCACAGAAUCAGAUGCAAUGUCCAAAGAAAAUAAUGCUAAAAAAAACAUGGAGUCUGAGAGCACUGCUACCGAUACUACCAAAUUCUACACGACUGCAGAAGUUGCUGAGCACACAGAUACCAGUAGUUUGUGGAUUAUCAUUAACAAUAGUGUUUACGAUUUAACAACGUUUUUAGACAAGCAUCCAGGUGGGCCAGCAAUUCUUGUGGACCAUGCUGGUCGUGAUAGUACAGAAGCUUUUGAAGAUAUUGGGCACUCCAGCGAUGCCAGGUUAAUGAUGGUCCAAUAUAAAAUCGGAGAAAUUGUCAAGGAAGCAGAACCAGAAAAAACCACAGAAUCAGAUGCAAUGUCCAAAGAAAAUAAUGCUAAAAAAAACAUGGAGUCUGAGAGCACUGCUACCGAUACUACCAAAUUCUACACGACUGCAGAAGUUGCUGAGCACACAGAUACCAGUAGUUUGUGGAUUAUCAUUAACAAUAGUGUUUACGAUUUAACUACGUUUUUAGACAAGCAUCCAGGUGGGCCAGCAAUUCUUGUGGACCAAGCUGGCCGUGAUAGUACAGAAGCUUUUGAAGAUAUCGGACACUCCAGCGAUGCCAGACUAAUGAUGGUCCCAUACAAAAUAGGAGAAAUUCUCAAAGAAGAUGAACCAGAGAAAACUGCCAAAUCAGAUGAAGAAAAUAAUUCUAGCAAUUGCAGUGGUUCUUGGAGGUCGUGGCUGAUUCCUAUUGCCCUUGGAAUUCUGGCGACUCUUGUCUACCGUUAUUUUAUCAAAGCACACUGAAUCAUUCCUAAUAUAUACAUUUUUUGUAAUUUGUAUUAUACAUAAACAAUUGUUAUCAGUGAUUAAUAGAAGAAUAUUAUGUAUAUGCACAUUAUUACAAUAUUUUUACGACAUAAAAUUGCACAUACAAACUGGCCUAUCAUAAGGAAAACAUAUGACAUGAAAGUUCAUUUAUUAUUAUGAAACUAAACAAAUUUAUGUAUAAAUAAAUACAUACAUACAGAUUCAUGUACAUGUAGUAUGCCAAUAAUAUACACAAUAUAUUCAUUAUGAAUAUAAGAAUAAAUCAAUUUAACUUAUAUCAUUGCAUUGGUCUUCUUUGGGAACAAAGGAACAGAGUUUACUCUUACAUUCGGUAAAGAAAAAUGAACACAUAAAUGAUGCACACAUUACAAAAUAUUAAUUGAAAAACUGUAAUAAUGAUUUAAAUAGU